UAUAAACAAAACAAAAUAAAUUAGUUGUUGGUUUAAAAUUUGAAUAAAAUGGAUAAUACUCUUUUUAUGAAUGUUAAGAAAUUAUAUGAUUAUGAACUGUAUUCAGAAGUUUUGAUGCUGGCUAAUAUUCUUCAAACAGUGUUCAAAAAUGACCGCAGUAUUUUGACACAGGAACAAGAAUAUCAGUUGUUGCUUUUCCAAGCAAAUUCUGCAUUUAUUGAACGAAAAUAUAACACUGCAGCUAAAUAUUUCAAAGAUGUCAUAGAAACUAGAAAAUCUUUGCAACGGUCCAAAGCCGCUAGUUUAAUUCUAAUUGAGCAAGCAUACGAACAUUUUUCAGACACUGAAAGUAAAUACCGCUUUGCAAUAUGUCUAAAAGAAAUGCAGUUACCGAAAAAAGCAAUUUUCGUUCUUCAUUCAAUUAAAAAUAAAAGUCCCAAAAUGAAUUACCUGUUAGGGAAAUUGCAACACGUUUAUGGAACUGAUGACAACAGUGCUACUCAUUCUUAUAAAGAAGUUCUUUUUGAAUGUCCUUUAGCAUUAGAUACAAUUAAAUGCUUAUUAGAAAUAGGUGUAAACGGUCACGAAGUGAAUUCAAUUAUUAUUAAUGCUUGCAGCUCACCUCAAUGUUCAGAUUGGUUAGCUUCUUGGAUAAAAGGAUAUGAUCUUCUUUUUAACUGUAAAUUGACUGAAGCAACUGAAACAUUCAAAACUAUUAAUCAAAACUCAAAAUUAAGAAAUAAUGAUAAAUUAUUAAGUUUGAUUGGGGAAUGCUAUUUCUACAACGACAAUUCGGAUAUGGCAUUGAACUAUUUAUCACAAGCAUAUAUGACAAACCCUCAAAUGACAGAUGGUAUUAUGGCUUUGUCUAUACUUUAUGCUAAAAAAAAUAAAUUCCAGGAGCUAGAAAAACUUGCAACGCCACAAAUGCCAAUAAUUGAAUAUUCCUCUGAAAAUUGGUUUGUAGCAGCACAACAUUUAAAAGCUGAAGAUAAGCAUGAUAAACAUAGUAAGGCUAUUUAUUUUCUUCAAAAGGCAAUCGCGGAAAAUCCUAGGAAUUUUGAGGCACAUUUAUUAAAAGGGCUUAUAUUUUGUCAGCUUAAAAAAUUGAAUAUAGCUUUAACAUGUUUAAAAACUGCUCAAAGCUUAGCUAGAUAUCGUUUUGAAACUUAUAAAGCUCUAACACAUUGCUUUUCUGCCCUAGGAAGACUUAGGCAUGCCCAAACUAUGGCUGCACAUUCUAUAAGAUCUUUUAAAAACGAUCCAAGAAGUUAUGUUCUUUUAGCCAGAGCUUUAAUGCUGUCGAAAGACCCCACGGGUAAAAAGAAGGCUAAGUCGUUUAUAGAUAAAGCUUUAGCUUUGGAUGAGUACAAUUACCAGGCGGUGCAACUUAAGGUUGAAAUAUUGCAACAAGAAGGUGAAACUGGCGAAGCUAUUAAAUUGUUAAGAAAACAAGUGUCUUAUCACCCAAAUUGUUGGUUGUAUUCUGUGUUGGGAGAUCUUUUGUCCACUGAAAACGACAUGGAGGGCGCCCUAGAUAAUUAUACAACAGCUUUAAACAUGGACCCAACGAAUUCGCAAGCCUUAGCUGGAUUAAAUGCAAUCGGAAACCCCUCAGCAAGAAAUGCUAACAAACAGCCUGAUUCUUACACUACACCAUCUUUAGACGAGGUCGUCGAAUACCCUUCUUUUGAAUUAGUAGAAAUAUCUCCUGCUAAUGAGGCGGAAUCUGAAACGGAGCUAUUUUGGUCCGACAUAGAUGCUGAGUUGAAUCAGUGAAAUAAAAUAUACAAUUGUAGUAUAAUUAAAAACAAUGAUAAGAAAUUAUUAAAUUACAGUAAGUUUAAAAAAAUGUUUACUUUUAGCUAUCGAUUGAAAAAAAAAAUUUAAUAAAACACAUUAAAUUCGUCAUGACU